UCAAUACCCAAACCCAAACUUAAAAAUUUUUUAAUUUUAUUAGAUGUAAUUUGUUAUAACUAAUAGCUAAGUUUAUCAAUAUUUUUAUAUUGAAAAACUCCUAAAAUGAAUAGUGGGAGUAUAAGAAAUACGUGCUAAGUAAUGGUGGUGGGACGACUUUUUGGUUGGAAGUUGGAACAACUAUAUGGUUUUGAUCAUGGAUUCUGUUGACCCAGAAAAAAUUGAUAAAUGCAUGAACGAUGCAAUGCCUAGUAUAAUAAAUAUAUUAUGGAAUACAAUGUCGAAAAAUAAUAUUUUAAACCAGGAUGAUGUUAAUAUACUGGCAUCUCAGGACCAAGAGGAAAAUUUAGAAAAAAAACGGCAAAUAAUUAUGAAAAUAGACCAAGUUGGGAAACAUGUUAGCGAAAAUUUUCGUGAACGUUUUUCGAACACUGACGAUGAUAAAAUUUAUCGAAUGAUAGAAAAAGCCCAACUGGUUUGUAGGACCGAUAAUUAUAAUGCGUAAGUCAAAAAAAAACAUCUUAUAAGUAUGCAAACAAUUACUAAUUGAUGCCCGACGGAAAUAAGGAAACUUUUAAUGGAAAAAUGCGAAAUUUGAAAAGAUAAUUCUCUGUAAUGACACAAAUUAAGAUUUAAAAGACGAAGCAUUUACAUCAGUCAUGAGUUAGACGACGUAUAUUGAGCGGAAACAAUUUGAAUUUAUAAACGAAAAUGAAUAUGAGAAGAGAUCCAAGAAAAUUAUUUUUAAAUAAAUUGGAUUAAUUUGAAUUUCAUUAAAGUGCAUUAAAUAAUUUAUAAAUUAUUAGUAAUGAGUAAUAAGUUGAAACGGAACACCCGUAAAAAGUAUAUCAAGUAAAUAUUGCUGAGUAGGAAUUGAUAUGAAAAAUUUAUGAAGAUUCAUAAAAUAUAUAUAUAAAUAUUGACAAUUAAAAGGCUGAUAGCCAGAGACUACUCAUUACUAAAACUAUAAAUAUUUAAAAGGCAAAGAAAUACUUGAAAAUAAAUUUUAUGAAUUAUUUAUAAUAAAUAUAAUUAUAUAAUUGUGUCCUACUGAAUAGUAAAGCGAAUUGAAAUCCGACGAAUUAAACAAUGAAUUGAUAAUUUUUUUUUUAAUAUUAUAAACCGUCAAAAGGCUAAGUAUUUUUUUUCUUUUUUUUUUUUUACAAUAAUGAUUUCAUCUUAUUGUUAUUAUUAAUAUAUGGGUUAGUUGAUUUACGUACAUACUUUUUUUUUUCCACAGAAAUGAUGAGUUAGAAAUUCGUCCAUGGGAUGCUCAAGAACUUUUGAAUGUUAAAGUCAAAAAAAUAGCGAAAGGAAACAUUAUUCCGAAGCAUAUACUCAGAAGCAAUCCAAGAGGCAUAGUAUUGUUGAUAACAAUGAUUGACUAUAAUGAUCCAAAGCGCAAUCGAAGAUCUGCUAAAUAUGAUGAAACAAAUACAUUUAAAUUAUUUCAACAACUUGGUUUUCGAGUUAUUAGAAAAACUAAUAUCACUGUUAAUGAGUUAAGAAAACUUUUAACAAAAUAUUCAAAACAUUCAUUACUUGAUAAAGUAGAUUCAUUAUUUGUCGUAAUAUCAGGACACGGUGGAUCUAGUAAUGAUGAAAAUAAUAAUAGUGUGAUUGAGUUGGCCGAUGAUCAAGUAACAUGCAGUGAAGUAAUUAAUUAUUUUUCGGCUGAAAAUUGUCCUAGUAUGGCUGGGAAACCGAAGUUAUUUAUUUUUCAAGCAUGCAGAGGCCUAAUUAAUCAAAGAGCUCGAGAACACAAUCAAAAUAUUGAUAAUCCUUUAAUGGAUUUAGAUAUUGACAAACUAAAUAAUAAAUAUGCGAAAGUUAAAGACAAAGUAGUACGUAAUUUUUCUGAUAUUUUUGUUGUGCACUCAACUUUGCCGAACCAUCCGUCGUAUCGUAAUAUAAAAUAUGGCUCCUACUUUAUCCAAAUACUCUGCGAUGUUUUUCAAAAUUAUGCUUGCCGUUAUUCAGUACAGGAUUUACUGUUACUAAUUGAUGCUCGGAUGGCAAAAUUACGAUUCGGUAACGAUAUUAAUUGUCAGACGAUUACUGUCAAGACUAUGGGAGUAAAUAAACAAUUAUAUUUAAAUCCUGUGGUUAAUAAUAAACCAGAUUGGGCUUUAGAAUGAUGCAAUAAAAAUUCUGUAACAAAUAAUGUUGCAUCUAUAAAAUUGACUGUAACCAAUACCACGUUGACGUGGUGGCCAUGGAAUGGUGCCUUAUUGAAAAUAAGUCUGACGCGGGCUCCAAUUUUCCUGCGUUGACUGACUAUAAAUUAUAUUUAUUAAAUAUUGAUAAAUAAAUUAAAUAAUUUAUUGUAAUUUUUUUUUGUACGUUUGUAAGAAAAA